AUGCCUAGACCGGAGUCUGUUGCAGGUCCUCUUCGCGCUCAGCUUGCUGAUAUCGACAUUGAACGAACCGAAAUCCAUGACCAAAUUGCGGGAUUACGAUCCCACCUUGAGGCACUUGCGGAAAAGCGCAAGGAGGUUACUCAACAACUCGAAAAGAUCACUUUUCCCAUCUUAACUAUCCCACCUGAAAUCACCGGGUAUAUAUUCUCCUACUACGCAGAGUACAUGGUCGACGAAUACGACGAGUAUUCGCCAUUCAUUUUGACGCAUGUUUGUCGUUUGUGGCGAGAGAUCGCACUUUCGAUUCCUAAAUUAUGGGCGAAGAUAAAUAUGGAUGGGAUGACAAGCUCUCCGUCUUCAGAGCUUAUGCUACGACGCUGGUUCGAACGGGCAGGAACAUCUUCUCUCGAGGUUCACGCUCCCUCAGGUUUCAAGUUGGGAGUGGGACGACUGUUUUCGAUGCUCACCAUAUAUUCGGACCAAAUCGUUUCUCUGACCUGUACAGUUCCAUUGCCUCAAAACUGCCCGCUCGAUGGAAUCUCUGGACGCCUCUCGCGAAUGACCCAUCUCAGUCUGUUUGUGACGGGACAAUCCACACCGAUUACCAUCUUCUCGGAUGCGCCUGCCCUCCGCCGACUGGAGCUCGUGUUCGGGGAAAGCCCUGGUCGGGUUGAUCUUCCGUGGGAGCAACUCGUUGAGGUCUCUAUCUGUGGCUUCAACCCCAACAUACUGGAUUCCAUUGCCAAGAUGAGCCGAAUUGAGGCUUUGACCAUCCCACGUGCCGAAUACAUCAGAACCGCGAAUACCUUGAUGAUGCUCUCUCACCUGAAGACACUGGAUUGCUCUUUGGUACUGCGGUCAAGUGGUAGCGCAGAAUUCCUCCGUUCCUUCAAUUGUCCGCAUCUCGAAACAUUCAGGAUUGAUUUCCACAAACUCGAAGCCACGGCCGAUGCGGUCCAUCAUUUCUUACACCACAACAAUUCCUCUCUGCGUCAUCUCAAGCUAAACAAUGCGGAAAUUCAAGCUGCUUUAAAAGUAUUCCAAUACACUCCGAUGAUCGAGCAACUCAGUAUCACAAAUGCCAAGCAUAUCGAAGAGCUGUGGUAUCCUUUAACAUACACCCCCCCGAAAAUUUUGCCUGCCCUAAGGAAGCUUGAGAUUCAUGCGGCAUAUAACUACAUGCCACACGACGAUAUUGCAUCGCUGGUUCAUAUCCGAUCUAGGAGCCUGGAUUAUGCAAACAUGCAGCAUGUCUUUUUCGAUAUGCCUUCUGAAGGCCGUGAUUCAAUGAGACAAAUGCGGCUUGCAGUGCAAACAGAAGGCGGGAUGAUUGAUGGGUGUCAGGUAAAGCUUUCUGGACUUGCGGACCCAACCGCGGAACUAUCUCUUGGAAAAAUUCCACUUUAUUCAUUGGCAGAUGUUGACGAUGGACUAUAG